UGUCAGCUUGGUUACUUGGUGUGUCUUUUAUCGGAUUGUUCCUUUUUUUCUUGUUUUGUCCAGUUAUUUCGCAAAGUUUUCUUCAUCAUGUCAGAAGUUAGUAACCAGGGACAAUCUAGCUCGAUACCAACAGAAUCUUUACAGUCACAGCCAACAGUACAUGUGGUCCCCAUACCUAUAUCAUCACAUUCUCAACAUGGUUCCACAGCAACAUCACCUGUACCUAGUAAAUCAUCCACACCAGAUAACCCUACUCAUGCACCAAGAUUUGGUACUCUGAUUGCCAAUAGAAUAUUUGUUGGUGGUAUUACUUAUGAUACAAAUGAUAGUGCAUUAAAGGAGUAUUUUUCUAAGUUUGGGCAUGUGAAGGAAGCCAAAAUAAUUUGUGAUAGGGCAGGCGUGUCAAAAGGGUAUGGGUUUAUUACAUUUGAAACUCAAGAGGAAGCUACUAGAAUACAAGAUGAAUAUAAAAAUUCCAACAACUUAAUAUUUAGAGAUAAGAAAUUGAACAUUGGACCAGCAGUUAGAAAACAGCAAACAUAUUCAAAGAAUAUUAUGGAUGCAGUCCCAUAUUCAAAUGGAAUGGUGGUUCAUAAUCCUGGCUACAGUUACACAUAUCAGAAUGGUAUGGCCUAUUUUCAUGGUGAUAAUCCAUUAGGAAAUGCCCAGAUACCUCAUGCUACAAUACCACCAGCCGGUCUAUAUCAACCCUAUCCAUUUCCAAUCGUGAUGCAACCACCUGCUCAAGCAACACAGUAUCUCCCAGCUCCCCAAGCACCACAGUUCCCAACACCAGUCUAUCAACAACCAUCUCCUAACACACAGCAGUGGAAUGCAUCCGGUCAAUGGCGAUGGACACCACAGUCACCACCAAUGAAUGCUCCAAACAUGGUUCCAAUGUAUCCCAUGAGUCCACAAGCAAAUGAAGUUAUCUAUCCAUCUCACCCUUAUCAACCUGAGAUGACAGAACUACCAAUGGAUAUGCCGGUAAUGCAAGCACAGGCUGAGAGUGCCAUCGUGCCAGCCGGAAUGGACCAACAGGCAACCAUGAAUCGCCCAUAUGUGCCCGAUGUUGCUUACCACGAGGCUAUGAAUGUGAUUCCAAGAGUCAAUACAAUGAAAAUGAAUGGACCCAAGAAAUCUUUUGUGAGCCGUGGACGCCAACGCAGUACACCUCUACGCAAUAGUAAACCAGGUGGUUACUCUAGUGUCAAUGGGGCAGGUAUGAACAUCUUGACCAAGGACGAGAUGAAGAUGGAUGGUGUUGGCAUGGUAUCUUCCCCUACUCUUGAGAAGUAG